AUGACCCAGGCCCUUUGGCCUAGUCAGCCUAGUCUAAUGGUCAUCGAAGAGAACGGAUUGUCCUCGCGCUAUAACCAGAGAAUGACAGAGCAAGAGUCGGAAGACAGCAAACCUAUACUGCUACGUCUCAACGAGGAGGGUGCCAGUCGGGAAGCCAGAACAGAAGAAGCCGUGGUGGACACACUGCGAAGAAAUCUAAGGCUCAUUAAUCGUCAAAACCAACCGUUGGCGCAGCCUCAGGGAGGUGCUCUUCCCACAGGGACGUCCGACGCUUUUUUCUCGGUACAGAACCGGAGUCAAUCAGAGGUAACAGCCACGACAUCAUCUGGGAACCGACACCCUGAGUUGGUUGCCGCCUCCGCGCCUCAGAACUACAACCUAAUAGGCGGUGACGAUAUAUUGAGUGUGCAGGGCACCGCAAAUUGGCCCCGCGUGGCCCUCGAUCAAUUUGAAUCAAAUUGA